AUGGCGUCACUACAGAACAGCAAGGUGGCCUUCAUUGGAGGAGGCAAUAUGGCCUCUGCCAUCAUUGGAGGACUGGCCAACCAGGGUAUCAACAAGCAGAACAUCAUUGUAUCUGAGCCCUGGGAUGUCAACAGGGAGAAGAUUGCCGCCACCGGCGUCCGAACCACAACGUCCAACAUCGAGGCUGGCCAGGAUGCCGAUCUCAUCAUCAUUGCUGUAAAGCCUCAGAUUGCCAAGACGGUCUGCGAGGAGCUGGGCGGAUCAUGGUCUCACCGUGCCACUCUGCCAAUUGUUGUCAGCAUUGCUGCUGGUAUCACCCUCGACAGCCUGAGGGAGUGGCUGAAGACCAGCGAGGGCAAGACUGCACCAGUUGUUCGUGUGAUGCCAAACACGCCUGCUCUGGUUGGAGAGGGUGCAUCUGGGCUUUAUGCAAGCGAGGACGUCCAGGAGAGCGAGAAGCAGCUUGUCGAUGCACUGCUCGGCAGUGUAAGCAAGGCUACUGAGUGGGUAGAAAAGGAGGAGCUGCUCGACGUUGUAACCGGAUUGUCUGGUUCUGGACCUGCAUACUUCUUCGCCAUGGUCGAGCACCUUAUUGCUAGUGCAACUGCGUUGGGACUUCCGAAAGAGCAGGCUACUCGAUUAGCCAAGCAGACAUGCUUGGGAGCCGGUCAAAUGCUGGUUUCAUCUUCAGAAGAGCCAGCCCAGCUACGCAAGAAUGUCACAAGCCCCAACGGAACUACUCAUGCUGCUUUACAGAGUUUUGAGUCAUCGGGGUUUGAUGAGAUUGUUAACAAGGCUGUCAAGGCCGCCACAGACCGAUCUGCGGAAUUGGGAAAGUCAUAG